AUGAUUCUACGCCACGCUGUGCGCCACUGCGCGAGUGAGGACGCAUUAAGGACAAAAAUGUCCACCCACCAUUAUAGUUACCGUUACUUCCAGGUACUCAUGGCAUUGUCACGGUGGACCAUCCAACUGGAAGAGGAGACUACGUCAGUUGGGUACUCACUGUAAUUGAACACCAUGAGGUUCUAUGCCGCUAUCCACCCUGGAUGCGACUACUGGUCCGCAUCCCCACGGACCAAAUGGGUCUACAUAGGCGUCAAUCAGGAAGAUACAGCGGAACUCAUGUUUCUCGCAUCCUCGGUCCAACGUGAAGGUCGGAAAACGUAUCUUGUUGUUGCGAACACGGUCGGAUGGCCCACAUUUGCUGGGCCAUUCUCAGAAUAGAUCCGCCUAUGUGAACACGUUUAAAACGAUGAGUUGAAAUGAGUGGUAUUAAGAAGCGUUGGUGCAUCUCGUCAAUUAAAAAGCUUUUCUUCCGCAGUAUCGAUAUCUUUCGACGCCAUCGCCGUACAUGUCGGUGCUUAUACGAAGGCGCCGUGUACCCAGGUCUCGACGAAAGAAUGGAGAAGAUCCAAAGUCAAAUCAAGCCUCUGGAAGAAUUGGAGAGGAAUCUGGCGAAGCAAUACGGGAUGGGCAGGGAUUUUGAUCCUGUCGAGGUUUUCGACAAGGGGAAAAGACUGGCAUUUUCGAAUCGCGACCAGGAGGUCCUGAAAAAGCUGGGUGAACUACACGAAUUUCGGCUGCAAGCGUGCAAAGCUUAGACGUUUGGCUGAAAGAUAUCGUAGCCGAAGCACAGGAAGAACGAAUCCUUCCGUAUCUCUCGGAAAUUUCAUACCUAUAGUACUGUAAUAUAUCAUCACCUAGUAAAUACAAAAUAUUGGAAAAGGACGUGGGGAUGAGGCCAAGGACAGCGGAUUUUCGCAAUCUGAGUUUCAACAGUGGCCAAGAGAACGAUGAUAGUCUACGAUUGGGUCCCCGUAAAUUGGCCAAGG